AUGAAUCUUCGACGAACGACCCAUUCCACACCGUUUUUGGUGAUCUCCUGUUUUUUGACGGCUACUUUGGUCACGAUUUUCUGGAACAUCCGACUCCACUCGGAUGUGAACGAGUUAACGAAAAAUGCGGCGAUUUAUCGGCAAUGCAUGAUGAAUGACUGGCAUUUGGAAAAUGAACAAAUGACUUGGAGUCGUGGACCCGAAAAAGCGUUGAAAAGAUGUCUUCGAUUUGGGCCAAAAUUGGUGGAAAUUCGAAACACAAACGAUGUGAAACAAGUGAUUCCGUUGAAGGAAUCGUCAGAUAAAUGCACGUUUGUCACGCUAGGAGUCGGGCAGGAUGUGAGCGCCGAACAACAAGUGAAGACUCUCAUGCCGUCAUGUCAAUUCUUCGGCGCCGACCCAAUCGAUGAGGGAAACAAGGAAAAAUAUGAAGAACUUGGCACUUUUUUCAAGUACGCUGUAUCGGGAAAUGACAUUUCGAAAUCGCAAAUGCUCACAAAAGGGAAUUACACUGAAAUUCAAACGAUGACCGCCGUGCCAUUGUACAAAUUUCUUCGAGAAAGUGUUAAAGAAUCCGUGAUCGAUUUCCUAUUCGUUGACACUGAAUACGCCGAGUAUGCAAUGUUCGACCUGUUACAGGCUGGCCGUGCCGAGCUUAACGGUUUCACUUUUUGUCAGAUUAACAUUGAAAUUCAUCGACCCUUGAAUCACGAGCAAAAACUCGCCGUGCACACCUUUGUGAAGAGGCUAAUCGCCGAGGGAUCUUAUAUCAUUGCACAUGAUGAACUACCGCAUGAGAAUUGGCAUCACAGAUUGUUCUUCUACAAUCACCACUCAUUGGCGUGUCGACGAAAAUUCUUG